AUGGAGUCCGAACUCGAAUCGCAGAUUAAGAAAAAGGCUCCGAAACCUUUUUCGAUAGAAUCGUUGAUCGGUGACAGAAAAUCGCCGGAGAUCGACAUAGAGAAUAAUAUAUCGGAAUCUUCUAGAAAUUCUGAGGACGAUGUCGGGGACAGACCUGAGGGUUUGGAUAGGAUGAGGUACUAUUUGAACGCGCCAUUUUUACAGCAGAAUGUGAAUUUUCCGUUUUUGCUCGGUUAUCCAGAGCCGUGGUUGUCGAGAAUGUUCUCUGUGCCUCCGCAAGCGCAGGAGAAUAGAGAAGAGAAGAGAGAUAGUCCGGUCAGUGUUGGAAGUGACAUAGAUAGUGAUGGAGCUGAAGAUAAUACUCAAGGUAAUGAAUCAGAAGCUGAUCAAGAAGACACAGACACGCCGAGAGAGAACAAAGCGAGGCGACGUAGGACAGCCUUCACCUCGGAACAACUCCUCGAGCUGGAGAGGGAGUUCCACGCCAAGAAGUACCUGAGCCUCACUGAGAGGUCACAGAUAGCGUCCGCGUUGAAGUUAAGUGAAGUUCAAGUUAAAAUAUGGUUUCAAAAUCGACGAGCAAAAUGGAAACGUGUAAAAGCAGGUCUAGCGUCCGGCAGUCAUUCUACCGGUAAAAACGGAUCCGGCACAAAAAUCGUCGUCCCUAUACCCGUCCACGUAAACCGAUUCGCCGUCCGGACGCAACACCAUCAAAUGGAGAAACAGAACCUACAAUACAAACUAGACAGAAACCAACCAUUACCUGGUAGUUUACUACAUUCUCAGACAUCUGCGUUUUUAUCGGCAACCAAAGUGAGUGAUAAUCGACACGAAUCGGUAAAUUUGAUAAAUCGCAACCCUAUGUAUGACGCGUCGAGAUUGAUGACCCCGGCUGUCAAUUUGAGAUUCACAAAUCAAAAUGGCCGACUGAGUUAAUUAUUUCUUUUAAUGUAAUAUAAAUAAGUGAUAAGCAAUUGCCUAAAAUAAUUAUUGUAUUAUAAAAUU